AUGGCGGCGGUGGCGCCUGGAAGCGGGGCUUCCCGGGAGGAGGAGGGUACCGGUGGGGACGCAACCACUCCGCAGCCCCCAGCCCCAACGAGUGCGCCCGGAGCUCGUCUCUCGAGGCUGCCUCUGGCUCGAGUGAAGGCCUUGGUGAAGGCGGACCCCGACGUGACUCUCGCGGGACAGGAAGCCAUCUUCAUUCUGGCACGCGCCGCGGAACUGUUUGUGGAAACCAUUGCAAAAGAUGCCUACUGUUGUGCUCAGCAAGGGAAGCGGAAAACUCUUCAGAGGAGAGAUUUGGAUAAUGCAAUAGAAGCUGUGGAUGAAUUUGCUUUCCUGGAAGGUACUUUGGAUUGA